GGGGCGAUGGCGGCGCGGUGGCUGGGGCUGCGUGCGGCGGGGCUGGCGCAGGUGCUCCGCGCCGCGGGCGCGGGGCGGGCCCCGGCCCGCGCCGUCGGGAGGAGCGUCCUUGGGGUCAUCCCGCGCCCAGGGCUGGCCUGGAGGCCUAGCAGGAGUGGCAGCUCUUCAGCUGAAGCGACUGCCGCAAAAGCGCAUGAUGACGCCUUUCUCCAGUGGUUUCUACUCCUCAUUCCUGGGACUGCCUUUGGCCUGGGGACAUGGCAGGUCCAGCGUCGGAAGUGGAAGCUAAAGCUGAUCGCAGAACUGGAGUCCAGGAUCAUGGCCGAGCCCAUCCCGCUGCCCGCAGACCCACUGGAACUGCGAAACCUGGAGUACAGGCCGGUGAAGGUCAGGGGGCACUUUGACCACUCCAAGGAGCUGCACCUGAUGCCAAGGACCAUGGUGGACCCGGCCCGGGAGGCCCGGGACGCCGGCCGGCUCUCGUCACCCGCCGAGAGUGGCGCCCACGUUGUCACUCCCUUCCACUGCACUGACCUGGGAAUCACCAUCCUGGUAAAUAGAGGGUUUGUGCCCAGGAAGAAAUUGAAUCCUGAGACGCGUCGUAAAGGCCAGAUUGAGGGAGAGGUGGACCUUGUGGGGAUGGUGAGGCUGACAGAGACCCGGAAGCCCUUUGUCCCGGAGAAUAAUCCAGAGAGGAAUCACUGGCAUUAUCGGGACCUGGAGGCCAUGGCCAGGCUCACGGGGGCAGAGCCCAUUUUCAUAGACGCCGACUUCAAGAGCACGGUUCCUGGAGGCCCCGUUGGAGGACAGACCAGAGUCACUCUGAGGAACGAGCACCUGCAGUACAUCAUUACCUGGUACGGACUCUGCGCGGCCACGUCGUAUCUGUGGUGUAAGAAAUUCCUGAGGCGGCCUCCUGCGAUGUGAGGGCCGGCUGGACAAGCGAAGCGCGGUUUCAGGAGAGAUCCGAUUCUGUGCUGGUUGCGUGCUGCAGGUGUUUUAUCAUCCUCUGUACCUCUCUCCCCAGAUGAGCCAGGUAAACUGGCGUCCUGAGCCCAGAGUGUGAGGUGGAUACGCGAGGUGUUUAGGGACAGCUUUUUCAGAAUUUGAGUGGCACACAACUGCACACCAAGUCUGACACAAAAGCUGCCUGCCCGGUGAGGGAAAGGGAUGAGGACCCUGGGUUUUUGCCGCCAUCCCAAUCUACUUACGGGUAGUUCAUUGGUAAUAAAAUCACUUAACGCAAAAA